GCGACUCGCGCUAGUCUGCGAACACACAGCCAUGCAGUGCUAGUAGAAGACCACGAUGAUGAGGUCAGAGGAGGGCUCCACCCGCACGUUGUGCCUGCGCUGGGCGCACAGUCAGAAAAUUGUUCUGCUGCUUGUUUUCUUUGUCUUCGUGAUGUGCUGCAUCGUCUGCUGGACGCCCCGCACAGCGCAGUGCCACCUUAAGCCGACUGAGCAGGACAUAGCUGAGCUUCAUCUGAACUACACAGGACCACGGCAGGACCCCAGACUGCUCUGGAAGGGAGACCCAGCACUGGGUCGCUCCUUCCUGCAUGGACCACAAUUGGAUAAUGGACAACUGCGUAUUCAGCGUGAUGGCAUCUACCGGUUUCAUAUUCAAGUGACUCUAGCGAACUGUAACUUCUCUUCAAAGAUAACUGAAACCCAAGAGCUUCUAGCUGUGGGCAUCUGCUCCCCAACCACCCACAGCAUUACUCUACUACGUCGGAACUUCCAUCUCAGUUGUACAGUUUCUUCCCAGCGCCUGACACCCUUGGUCCACGGGGACACUCUCUGCACCAACCUCACUCUGCCGCUGGAGCCAUCCCAAAAUGCCGAUGAGACCUUUUUGGUGUUCACUGGGUACAACCCCUGAUGGUUGCACUUUCCAGCCAGACGUGUUGGGCAGUGGUUUUCUUCU